AUGCCCUCAACCUGCCCCUCUGCCGGCACGGUGACGGCGGCCUGGCUCUGGUUCUUCCUGGCCGUCGCCCCGAUCUCCGGCCACGCCCAUCUCAACGCCCAGCCCGACGCCGCCGACAUUCUCCUUCCUCCCGGGCCUAUCCUGCCCGGCACCCACGAGGCUCCGCAACCCGCUGAGCACCUUUUCAGCCUCCGACACAUCUUCCACCAUGGCACCAACGUGCAUCCGGCCCUGCACCGCAAGCGCGACGUCUCCCACGACGACACCAACGUCUUCCUCGCCGCCGAGGACGGCUUCGACCGACACACGCUGCCCAAGCUCAAGGGCCGUAGCCGCGUCGACACUAUAGAGCGCCUCCGCGACCGCCGACCGUCCGUCGUCGACCCGCUCGUCACCCAGUCACGCCGGCAGGGCAUCAUGGCCGUCAUGGACGCCUCGGCCUGGACCGUCGACCAGGUUCUGUCCCCGGAUGUCACCGACAAGGAGACGGUCCUCACCCUGGCGUAUAUGACCGCCGACGCCUACGUCGAGGACGAGUCUCAGCCCGACUGGGAGGAGGUUGGGGAGCCGUACAACAAAACGCUCGACUUUGGCUGGCAGAGCGACGGCCUCCGCGGCCACAUUUUUGCCGACGAGAACAACUCGACCGUCGUAAUCGGCCUCAAGGGCACUACCGCCGCCGUGUUUGACGGUGACGGCACCACCUCCAACGAUAAGACCAACGACAACCUAUACUUUAGCUGCUGCUGUGCCCAGCAGGGCCAGUGGACCUGGCACCAGGUCUGCGAUUGCGCCUCGGGCACUUACCAGUGCAACAACACCUGCGUCACCCAGGCGCUCUGGGAGGAGAACCGGUACUACACCGCCGUCAAGGAGCUGUAUCACAACGUCACUGAAAUCUACCCCGACGCCCAGGUCUGGCUCACCGGUCACUCCCUCGGCGGCGGCAUGACGUCGCUGCUCGGCCUGACCUACGGCUUGCCCGCCGUCACCUUUGAGGCCGUUCCCGAGGCCCUCGCCGCCUCCCGCCUCGGCCUGCCCAUGCCGCCGGGCCUGCACGCCAAGACGCCGCAGAUGCGCGAGUACACGGGCACGUAUCACUUUGGCCACACGGCCGACCCCGUCUACAUCGGCAGCUGCAACGGCGCGACGGCAUCGUGCUCGUUUGCGGGCUACGCGCUCGAGACGCAGUGCCACACGGGCUACGAGUGCGUCUACGAUGUCGUCGCCGAUAAGGGCUGGCGCGUCGGCAUCGGCACGCACAAGAUCCGAAACGUCAUCAGCGACGUCCUGCUCAAGUACGACGACGUGCCCGAGUGCGCCAAGACGCCCGAGUGCCGCGACUGCGCCCAGUGGAAGAUGUACGAGAGCAACGGCACCGAGACGACGACGACGCCGGUGACCUCGACGUCGACUCGCACCAGGACGCGGACGUCGACGUGCAAGACGCCCGGCUGGUGGGGAUGCCUGGACGAGACGACGACCACGGACGGCCCGACGUCGCCGCCAACGACGACGACGACGACGACGACGACGUCGACGUGCAAGACGCCAGGAUGGUUCGGCUGCAAUGAUAAGACGGCCACGACGGAACCGACAACUACGAGCUGCGAGUCCCCGGGUAGAUUCUGGGGCUGCAACGAUCCUACCGAGACGACGUCCAUGGCAACGAGCACGUCGACAGUGACCAUUACCCCUCCUCCUGUUACCUCUACGCCUACUCCCACGUCGACCGUGACGUCCACCUCUGCCGCCCCGACAAGUACGCCAGCGCCAGGCAAGGGCAAGUGUGUGCGUCGCAGCUGGCUGGGCAUUUGCAAAGAGUGGGGGAAUGACGAGCCGGCCAACAGUGACGAGGUGAUUGAGCUGUAA